GGAAGAAAAGAGAAUAGAUCAACUGGUAUCUGGUCUGGUCCCCUGGCACAAGCAAAAGAAGAAAGCCAACAUCUCAGAGAGAUUAAUGCACAAUCUUGGUAGUUCCUUCGCAUUCGUUUCAUUGUGGCAUCUCUCUUACUUGGCUUUUGUUGUGUUGUUUUCUUGGAAGACGAGUUAUUGUCUCUGUGCAAACAAAAUCCACCCAUGCGCACAUCGAAUCUCUCUGUAUUCUCUCUGUCGAAAGAAAUCCCUUUAUUCGCGUCAGCAUCAAACCCUUUCAUUUUCAUAUUCUUUACUUUCUUGAGUUUUUCAUUUUCUUCAGUCUUUAACAUUGGUACUUCCUUUCUUGCUCUUGAGCCUUGAUCUGGUACCCUAAACACUUGCAUUUCAUGUUCUUUGGAAACCUCAUGAGAAUAGAUGCCACACUAUGACACUAAAAUGCCACUCGACUUUUGCUUCUUUUAUAGCCUUUUGUUGAAAAAAAAAAAAGAAAAAAAACUUUAUUGAGGUAAAUUCGUUUCUGCUGUGCCGGACAUUCUAAUCUUUGAAUGAUUAUUGUGGAAAACGUUUUCUUGGGUGUAACCCAGAUGGGGAUCAUCAUUAUUUUUUAAGAAAAAUUUCUCCUUAAAAACUGAGUUUUGGGGUUAUUUUGCUUCUAGGGUGGGUUUGUUAGUUCGUUCUUUCCCCAUUCCUCUUCUCUCACAUAAAUUCUCCGCAAAAUUACUUUCCUAGGAGCUUCAUUUUCGAAAUCGCCUAGUUGACUACUUCUAUAAAUAACUUCAUCUCUGCUAUUUUAAGACCCAAACGCAAAUAGUUUCGUGUUUCUUUUGGGACAUUUCGCAAACAGCAAGUCUGAAGUUCGAAAAUUUUCUCUUUUACCACUCAAUUGCCUAUCAGAAACAUGGGUUGUGUCCACGGCAAGUGUGGCUGCUACCCGUCAUCAGUAGAUGGUGAUUCAAGGGGCCGCCCUGAAGCGGGUCAUGUUGGUAAUAAACACGUACUCACUCAGAGACCGCUGGAGAUUAUUCCUGUCCCUUCCCAUAACUUAAAAUUGCAGUACUCUGUUCUGACUCAGCGAGGUUAUUACCCAGGCUCGCCAGACAAGGAAAACGAAGACAGUUUCUGCAUUAGAACUCAAAUUCAAGGUAACCCUAAUAUCCAUUUCUUUGGUGUAUUUGAUGGGCAUGGUCAAUAUGGUGCUGAAUGUUCAAAUUUCGUUAAGGAUAGAUUGGUUGAGAUAUUAGCAAAUGAUCCCACGUUGUUAAUUGACCCUGUUAAAGCUUAUAGUUCUGCAUUUUUAAGGACGAAAUCUGAGUUACAUAGUAGUAAAAUUGAUGAUACGGAGAGUGGUACCACUGCAAUAACGGUUCUUGUUAUUGGAGAUAAGAUUUAUGUUGCCAAUGUGGGUGAUUCGAGAGCAGUCAUUGCUGUUAAAAAUGGGAAUAGAAUUAUGGCUGAGGAUUUGUCUAAUGAUCAAACCCCGUUCAGGAGAGAUGAGUAUGAGAGGGUCAAGUUAUGUGGGGCUAGAGUUCUGAGUGUUGAUCAAGUGAAAGGGUACAAGGAUCCUGAUAUACAGACAUGGAACGAUGAGGGUGAUCCUCCAAGGUUGUGGGUGCAGAAUGGGAUGUAUCCAGGGACUGCAUUUACGAGAAGUGUAGGGGAUAGGGCAGCUGAGACGAUUGGUGUUAUUGUUGAUCCAGAGGUUUCCAUUGUUCAGCUCAGGCCCAGUCAUUUGUUCUUUGUGGUUGCAAGUGAUGGAGUUUUUCAGUUCCUCUCAAGCCAAGCUGUUGUUGAUAUGGUGGCAAGAUAUACCAAUCCCCGAGAUGCAUGUGCAGCCAUUGCGGGAGAGUCUUAUAAACGUUGGCUGGAUCAUGAAAUCAGGACAGAUGAUAUUACAAUCAUUAUUGUACACAUUAAAAACUCAUCUAAUCCAGGUGCUGGUGCUAUUGAUGGAACUGCUAAAGUGAAUAGGAACUCAGUGAGUUCAAGGGCACGAAAAGAAAAUUCUGACUUUUCCAUUGCCUCUCAGUCUGAAAUUUUCCGUUCGAUGAGGAGUGAAUUCUCAGAUCAGCAAGUUUCAGUGAGUCUAAGUGCAGCUAUUGUUGUUCCAGCUCCUUCACAUCAGAGGGCCUUGGAAUUGGAUGGGGGUUAGCGAUCCUGGUUAGAAGUUGAAGACCAUAUGCUCCACGUUCAAGAUGUACUUGCCCCAAGUAUCUGCAUGCAAACCAUGGUUUCUUGCUAAUGUUGCUGAAACACUGCCACUAACCAGUAACCACACACAAUGGGUGUAGGAGAACAGAAUGCUCUGAUUUGUGCUGUCACCAAUUAGCAGCUAAAUCCAAAACACAAGAGACAUGGAUACUGAAGUUAGAGGAGAUUCCUGGAGGCUGGGAAAUGAUAGUUGUAAAUUUCAUUACUUUCUCAUUCACACUGUAUUUAGGAAGAAGAUGUAGUUUAUUAAUUAUGACCUAUGAAAUGAUAAUUCAGCACACUUGUGUUCAAUCAAAUGGUUGGCGUGCUUACUGAAUUGAUAUUUAAUCAGAAAGAAGUAGAGUAAAAGGAUUAAUAGAUUAUCAA